AUGUCGUCACCAAUGUUUGCAAGUGUAGACUCUUUCAAGCAGCCUACACUCCGUGAGGAGUCGGGCUACGCUUCAGCCGAAUCCAGCCAGGAGAGUCUGCCUGAAGUUUACUUCGCAAAGCCUCACUUGAAGUUCAUCAACGCACAGCUACAAAAGCUCGAGCCUCAAGUAGAUAUUCUCCGAUGGUGCAUUACAUCUCUGCCUGGACUGUUCCAGACUACCGCCUUUGGACUUACUGGCCUCGUCACUGUGGACAUGCUUUCGAAGCUUGACGGACCACUGAAGCACAACAUCGACUUGAUCUUUUUGGACACACUAUACCACUUCGAUGAAACAUAUGCCCUUGUCGACCGAGUAAGGAGGCGAUACGGAACACCGGUCCACGUCUACAAGCCUGCUGGCUGCGACAAUGUCAACGACUUUACUGCCAAGCACGGUGACAAGCUCUGGGACACCAACGACGAACUCUACGACUACGUUGCGAAGGUAGAGCCCGCUGAGCGUGCCUACUCUGAACUUCAAGUCAAGGCCGUCCUGACCGGCCGUCGACGCAGCCAAGGUGGAAAGCGAGGAGACCUAGACAUCAUCGAGAUCGACGAGGCUGGCCUCAUCAAGAUCAACCCUCUAGCCAACUGGAGCUUUGCCCAGGUCAAGGAAUACGUUGACGCCAACGACGUCCCAUACAACGACCUUCUCAACAGGGGUUACAAGAGUGUUGGUGACUGGCACUCUACACAGCCAGUAGCUGCAGGAGAGGAUGAGCGAUCAGGGCGCUGGAAGGGAAAGGCCAAGACUGAGUGCGGUAUCCACAACCCCAAGUCACGAUACGCUCAGUUCCUUCAGGAGCAGGCGAUGAAGCAGCAAAACGAGGACCUAGCCAACAAGCUGCAGGAGGUCUCGUUGAACAUUUAG